CUUCUGUGAGUUCAAGUGGAAACUUUAUAUCUGCCACAAAGUCAGACGAUCCGCGAAGCUUGGAAAGAUCACUAGCCACCAUGCAGACGAAGCAAAUUAUUGUCUGGAUCGCACUGACGAUCCUCUUGCAUUGCAGCGAGGCUCAGGAGGAUAAUAUCCUGGAGCAGACGCCUGGCAUGGAGGCAGCAACCACAACGUCAGUACCAACAGAAGUGAAGCCAUCGGAAAUGGAGCAACCAAAUGAUAACAACUCCACAGGAAGCGAAAGCGGGGAUGAGAAACCAGAGGAAUCAUCAAUGGGUACAGCUGAGAUGCCUUCAUCGGGGGAACAUGUAGAUCUGGGCCCACAAAUAGAAGAGAAACCCCCAAUGGACACAGAGGAUAUUCCUGCUAAAGAGGAAGAAAAGGAAAAGGAAGAACCUUCAGAUAAUCCCCCUGCUGUGGAACACACAGAACCUCCAAUGGAUGCAGCAGAAAUUCCUGCUCAUCCGAAACCCGUAGAUACGGAAACCGAAAAUACCGAUAAGGAUAAGCCACCAACUGAAACUGAAUCAAUUCCGGAUGCUCCUGCUGAAGAUUACCAAGACGAUGAACCGCAUGAGGAUGUAACAGAAGCCCCUCCAGCAAUCACACAACCCACACCAGCUGCCACACAACCCUCAACCCCGCCAACUCCUCCAACCGUGCCACAAUUUCCAACAAUAAGUUGCUUUAGUUGUGGCAACUGCAAGGAGAAGCCAACGAAUAAAACAAAAUGCACAUCGUCUGCUGGCAAGCGUAAUGGUUGCGUCACUCUGGUCAAGAGUGAGGAGAAGCUGGUGCUGCGUGGCUGCAUCUCCGAGCUGGCGGAGUCGGGCAGCAACUACUGCAAAUCGAAUGCCAAAGGCUGUGAAAUGUGCUACGAGAACGACUGCAAUGCCAAGGCGGUGACGCUGUCCAAUGCGGCAGCUGCUCCGCUUCUGGGGAGUGCCCUAAUUUGGAGCUGGCUUUUUAUAAUCGGUUGUCUGCUGGCGAUGUAGGAACCCCUCGACUCUGAGUCAUGCACUUUUUGAAUUUAUAUAGAAAUCGAUAAAUAAGAUAAGGAAGGAGCGCCCCGCCACGCCACGCACAUUUAGAUCAAUUUCUUUUGUUUGUCAAAAAGCUUAAUGGGGUAUAAAGUUUAUUAUCGUAUGUAUUUGUUUUUGUGUCUUUA